GUCAAGAACCAGACAAGAUGGGGAAAGGUCACACAACCUCCUUUGACGUGGCUGUGAUUGGGGGCGGGAUCAUGGGGAGCUGCACCGCCUACAGCCUGGCCAAGGCGGGCAAGUCUACCGUGCUGAUUGACAAGUCCGCACUGCCCAACCUCAGGGGCAGCAGCGGCGGCCUCAGCAGAAUCACGCGCAGGGCCAACUUCGGGAUUCCUGAACUGACGCCCAUCAUGGACGAUUCCUUCAGGCUGUGGCAGGAGAUCUCCGAGAAGGCCCACGAGGAGCUGAUAAGCCCCGCCCCCAUGCUGGUGGUGGGGAAGGACUUCCAGCGGCUGUCCAAGAUGGCGGCGUCCGUGGAGGCAACGGGGCACGCGCCGCCUGGCUCUCCAUCCGGCAGACCAACGCCAAGUACAAAUCGAAGUUCACCGACGACUACUACGCCUUCGAGGACCCGACGGCCGGGGUUCUGAGGGCGGACAGGUGCCUCAUAGCGGUCCAGAAGCUGUUCCGCGACGAGGGCGGCCGCGUGCUCGACGGGUGGCCUGUGGUGGACGUGGAGCCCGGGGAGCCCUGGACCAAGAUCUCCGGGCCCCGGGGCGUCGUCAGGGCCCGCUCGGCGCGAGAGUGGAAGAAC